GGGGGGCGGAGCUUGAGGGGCCGAGCUGCCCGAACUCUUCGGACCCGGGCGCGAGCUGGAGCCAUGGCCGACGGAGGCCGGACGCCUCAGGCCCGCGCGCUCCUGCAGCAGUGCCUGCACGCCCGGCUGCAAGUUCGCCCAGCCGAGGGGGACGCCGCGGCCCAGUGGGUGGAGAUUCAGAGAGGAUUAGUGAUCUACGUGUGCUUUUUCAAGGGAGCUGAUAAAGAACUUCUUCCCAAAAUGGUUAACACACUGUUAAAUGUGAAAUUGAGCGAGACAGAAAAUGGCAAGCACGUCUCUAUAUUGGAUCUACCUGGCGACAUUCUUAUCAUCCCUCAAGCCACCCUCGGGGGAAGAGUAAAAGGAAAGAACAUGCAGUAUCACUCUAACUCUGGAAAAGAAGAAGGGUUAGAACUUUAUUCUCAAUUUGUGACUCUAUGUGAAAAAGAAUUAGCUGCCAACAGCAAGUGUGCUGAAGCUGGGGUUGUAGUGGAACAUGGCACUUACGGGAACAGGCAGGUGUUAAAGCUGGAUACCAAUGGACCAUACACACAUUUAAUUGAAUUUUGAAAAUUAAAAAUUAGUUUCUGUAGCUGUUCUAUGGUAUUAAAUGAUCUGAACUAUAUUAAGGUUUUCUUACCCUUCAUCUUGAAAACACUAAUCUGCAGCAUUUUUAGACAAGAAAAUCCUGGGUCCCUUAUAUAACUCUGCAACCUGCUAAUUGGGUGACCUUGCCAAGUCACCUAAACUGUGAUCUCAGUCACCUUUUGUCCUGCUUUCUCCUACCCUUCCACUUGAAAAUUUGAGAAAUGCUGUCUAUUGACUUCAUAGUCAUUAAGCAAAUGUUCUUAGCUGUAUUUUUAAAGUUACAUACAUUUUAAAUAUUUUACAAUGAAGAAAUUUGUGGUAUCCAGGGAAAUACGUUUAUUAUGCUCUCAUUUGUGUAGUAUGUGAUAAAAAUAACUAUUUGUGUUAAAAUUAGGUAAAAUCCAACACAAACCAUUUAUAACUUUGUCUAUUUUAAUAUUUAUAUUUUCCAUAUUUUGAAUCAAAGUAUAUGUGAUUCGUCAUUCCUUUUAUAAUAUGUAUCAAAAUGUCACAUAGAAAUGUUUGUGCAUUGUAUUACUUUCCAAGGACAUAUAGAUGCUUUACAUAAUUUUAGGAAUCUUUAGUUAACAUAGAAACAAGGUAUAGGGGAUUAAAAGUUGUUUUUAUUAAACAUACCCAUACAGAUGAGUUAAUGUUCGGCUUCUCAGUUUUAACCAAAACCACAUGUGUCUCACUUUCCAUCUUUUUUUUUUCUUUUUGAGACUCUCAAAAAAAAAAAAGUUGGAAAGGAGACAGACACCUCAGUCUACUGAGUAGCAGGAAUUACAGGUGUGUGCCAUAUCUUUGGUUUUUAAAGAACUAGUUUAUGAAAUUAGUGUUAGUUCAUAUAUUUUUUAGGAAGUCCCUUUCCUGUUGAAUUAGAUUACUAUAAAAGGAAGAAAAAGGGAAGUUUUCUCCAGGAAUAGUUUGAAAACAAAUUGACUUAUUCAUUCACAUAUUAUCUGCUUGAUGGUUUGGAGCCAGUGUAAAUUUUUCUGAAUUGGUGAAUGUUGUGGCCUGGCUGUUUAUGCCUCACCCUGAAAUUUAUAUGUUGAAGCUCUUAUCCCAGUGUGAUGGUAUGUGGAGACAGAGCCUUUGGGAGGUAAUUAGGGUUAGAUGAGGUCAUGAGGGUGGGGUCCUCAUGAUGAGACUGGUAGAAAAGGAGCCACCCGACAGUUUGCUCUCCCCACACCACCCCAUUCCACCUUGUGAGCACACAGCGAGAAGUUGGCUGUCUGCAAGCCAGGAAAAGAGCCAUCACUAGAAACUGACCAUGCUGACACAUUGAUCUUGAACUUCUAACUUUCAGGACUAUGAGAAAAUAAAUUUCUGUUGUUUAAGCUA